UAAUAUAUUUACUGAUUUGAAAAAUCGUGUAUAUAUUUAAUUGUAUAUGUUAAUGUAAAUAUUGCAUUGAUUAUAUACAUGCAAUCUACAUACUUAAGGUGACUGGGUUGCCUAAAGGAUUGUUGAGAAAACCCUUCACAUUCUUUGAAGAUACAUUAUAAUGCAGGGUAGCAAGUAGUCCGGUUGUGCUGAGAUUUAUUUACACUUUGGCAAUAAACCAAAAAACACAAUGAGCAUAAACAGUUUGGACACCACCCAGUGGAACGGAGGAGGAAACUCAGAACAGCAAAUAAAAGUUACUUAGUCAGCUCAAUAAUGGUAGUUUCAGGCACUGCUGGCAUUGGCUGCACUUUGGAACCCAGGAGGCUGGUGGGCGGCAUAAGGUGGGUUCAGGGAUCGGCAUCAUAUUUGGACUCAUCUGGAGUUCCUGUAGAGGACAAACGCACAUUAAUUUGCAUGCCUAAGGACCCCAUAGCUCCCUGUAAGUGCUGCACCCCAUGCUACUCUUUCUUUUCCUCCUGGAACUUUGCCUGGGUCUGAGAGGGGUGAAGCUAUAGAAGAGAAUCUAGGCACAAAUUGUCAGUAGUACCCUGCCAACCCCAAAAAUGUACGUACCUGAUUCUUGGUGGUCCUCCACUUACUUUUCCUGGGGUAUGAGGAGACUCCAGCCGAAGCAAUACCCCAGGUACAGUGCCUUGCUCAGCCUCAGAUGGCAUUUCUUGGGGAUAGUCAUCAGCCCACACCCGGGACCUCCCCCAGGUGGUGCUAGUGGUGUGAAUAGGUAGUGCAAACUGUCGGUGUGGUCUUCGUAUGAUAUCUAUUAGCCACUGGGCUUUCCCUAACCUCUCCACCAGGUUGUUGAGACAGCGGAGGGGUUUGCUUUCGACCACGGAGGCCUGGUUAUGUUAUCCAGAAGUUGCAACAUAGACAGAGGGAGCAAUCAGGCUUCGGCACCACCACAAAGGGCCUGGACCAAGGGCUGACGGUCUCCUUGAUGACCCCACCUGUAGCGUUUGGCAUACUUGUGCAUCUAAUGCCCUGCCACUUUGCCAGGAAUUUGCAGGCAGAGCUGGGGUUGAGAAGCAGCACCUGGUCCCUUGGUGAGACCUCUCUUGGCAUCGCUGGUCGGUUACAUUUUUGCUGCUGCUCCCGUUGGGCAGCUUCUAGGUGGUCCCUGACAAUGGGAGUAACUUUAACAAUCAUCUUUGCUCCCUAUAGCAUGGAUGUGGUCACCAGUGCCUCCUUCAGCGUUGAAAUCGAUUCUAUUAACAACCCUAAUGAUGCAUUUGUUGCCCAGAUCAAGAAAUUUUUCAACUUCAACUUCUUUAGUCCCUUAUUCCUGAUAAUUACCAUCUUUCCUUUUGCUGCUUCAUUUUUGUCCAAACUGGGACUGACCUUGUUUUCAAAGUCAGCUAUGGACUUUUUCUACAGUGCGCUUAAGAAGAUCAAAGACCAGCACAACACGAAUGAAAAUGUGUGUGUGUGUGAAAGGCGAGUGGACUUUCUGCAGCUCAUGAUUCAAAGCCAAAUAUCUGACGAACAAGCUGAGAAAGAAGAUGAUCAACCAAGCAAAGGCUUGACCGAUCAUGAGAUUCUUUCCCAGUCCUUCAUUUUCAUCCUGGGAGGAUAUGAGACCACCAGCACCACCCUUACCUAUCUACUAUAUAAUCUCACAAUAAACCCUGACUGCAUGAGCAAACUGGUGGAGGAGAUUGACACAAGCUUUCCUCAUGAUGCUCCAGUGACAUACGAAGCGUUGAUGAAGUUUGAGUACCUGGACAUGGCCAUUAAUGAGUCGAUGCGUCUCCUGCCGACUGCUCCCCGUCUGGAGAGGAUGUGCAAGAAGGCUAUAGAGCUCAAUGGAAUCACCAUUCCUAAAAACACUCUGGUCGCUAUUCCUACGUACGUUCUGCACAGGGAUCCACAGCUCUGGGAGUCUCCUGAAGAGUUCAAACCUGAGAGGUUCAGUCCCGAGAAUGAAAUCAGCCCCUACCAGUUUAUGCCGUUUGGUCUCGGCCCUCGUAACUGCGUGGGAAUGAGGUUUGCUCUGAUGAUCAUGAAACUGGUGAUGGUGAAGCUGCUUCAGAACUUCAGUGUGGAGACGUGCAAAGAGACGCAGAUACCCAUUCAGCUUAAUGCUCUUUUUCAACCAAAAGUUCCUGUGACUCUGAAGUUUGUUCCAAGAACUCACAAUGCUCAAUAGUUCAGCAUUAUUUCACUGUCUGUGAUUGCAAUGCCCUAAUCCAUUAGCUGUAUUGAUAGUGAAAUACAGUAAAUUUUAAAAUAUACUAUAUAUAUGUUGCUUAAUUCAGUGUAAGUCACUUAAUUGGAAAUAUUUACUUGGAUGGCACAAGUGAUAAUCCAGAGAAAGAACACUUAUUUUUAGCAUUACAUGAACGCUCUCCAAUAAAGGAUGUCGUCUUGUC